CCCACCUCAGUCAUAUGACCGCGGUGUUUAGGUUUUCGGUGAGGAGGAAGUGAUUGCUGUUUAUUGCGCUACAGUUUUGCAAAGUUUGGCUCUGAUGCCAUAGUAUCAUAGCUUUCUUCGUCAAAGAACGGCCGAGAGAAUAAUGAACAGUAUUGUCACAAGGGCUGGUUUGAUGGGAGUACGAAGCUGGAUCGCAUUACUUUUUUCAGUUCUAUCGCCAAGUCUAUGCACCUCUUUUGGCCAGAUUGACCCCCUGGUCUAUGAUGAGCAGUUGCUGUGGGUGAGAGGCGGGGCAGGAGAGGUGGACACUUACCGGAUCCCACUGCUCUCCUUCACCCCCAAGGGCAGUCUGCUGGCCUUCGCUGAGGCCCGGAAGAAGUCCGCCUGUGACGUGGGGGCCAAGUUCCUUGCCAUGCGACGGUCCACAGACCGAGGUGCCACGUGGUCUCCCACCACCUUCAUAGUAAACGAUGGCGUCCUGGCUGACGGACUGAACCUCGGUUCAGUGGUGGUGGAUGAGGAGACUGGCUCUGUGCUGCUGAUCUACUCUCUGUGCUUCCACCAGUACCAGUGUGACCCCGCCAGUAUAAUGCUGGUGGAGAGCAUGGACGACGGACUCAGCUGGAGACCACCAAGGAACCUCUCGGUCCAGCUGGGGGUCAAGAACUUCGUCCCUGGGCCCGGCUUCGGCAUUCAGAAGCACUACCCUCCUGCUAAGGGGCGUCUGGUGGUGUGUGGACAUGGCACCCUGGAGGGUGACGGGGUCUUCUGCAUUCUGAGUGACGAUCACGGACGAAACUGGAGGAAUGGCGCCGCGCUGAAGAGCAUCCCCUACAACCAGCCCAAAAAAGCCCUGGACUUUAACCCAGAUGAGUGCCAGCCUGUAGAGAUGGAGGACGGUAGCAUCGUCAUCAACGUGCGCAACCAGAACAACUACCACUGCCGCUGCCGCAUGGUGGUGCGCAGCCUGGACGGCGGCGAGACGCUACCCUUGGAGCAGCUGUUGUUUGACUCCACCCUGAUAGACCCUGUGGUAGCGGCAGGGGCGCUGCAGAAGGAAGGCGUGAUGUACUUCACCAACCCAGCUGACAGUACUCACAGGGUCAACCUAACCCUGCGCUGGUCUCUGACCAAUGGCACGUCGUGGGAGAAGAAGGCUGUCCAGAUCUGGGCGGGGCCAAGCGGCUACUCCUGUAUGACAUCACUUACGAGCGGCAGGGCGGAGGACAGGAAGUUCAUCUUCGUCAUCUAUGAGAAAGGCCACAAGGACUACUAUGAGACCAUCUCCUUUGCCAAGAUCCACCUCUACGGUGGACUGUAGUAGAAUGAGGCUGGGGGGGGUGGGUACUUUGUAGAGUCUGCUUCUAACCACUGGUCCAUGGUCAGGGUCCGUAUUCUCAAAGCCUCUCGGAAUGCUGAACUAGGAUACAUUUGGACUUUUAGAUCAUAAUGAAUUAGAUGACAUAGACGGGGGACCUGAUCCUAGAUCAGCACUCCUACUCUGAGAUGCUUUUAAAAAUUUUGUAUAUAAUCCCAAAUAUUUUUAUCCGCUUAAUAAUAGUUAUGGUUAGGAUGGGAAUUGGUGAAUUUCACCUCUGGUUAGGGUAUUUCAUCUGGUUAGGGUAUUUAAUCUGUGGUUAGGGGGAGGAAGGGGGACUCAUUGGACUUUGCAACACAACUUUAUUUUGAUAGGUGAAGGGAGACAUGGAGAAAUACAAACUCCUGCUGUUGUAUGGCACCAAGAAUGACAGGUUUGUGCCAUUUUAUCUUUAGGUGGCUUUUAAAUACAUCAUGAUUAUAUUAAUUAGGGCAAAACGUAGCAAACCUCUUUCGCAACGGAAAAUGGAAAUUUGCUUUUCUUAUUGGACAAGUUCAGGUAGCUCCUCCCUGUUUUAGUCUGUUUUCCUCAAUUUGGUGCCUAAUGUACAUUUAUUAGAAUGGCCCAAUCACAGGUACCCUGCCCUUUAAUGAAGCUAUGAUAGUCUGUAAUGAUUGGUGGUAUGUUGGUGUACUCUUCCUGACUGGACCUCCCAUAGUUGAGAGAGGAAGAAAUCCCUCACCUACAUCUUUUAUUUUGUGGGGAAGGAAAAAGGUUUGGGUGAGGUAUGCGUCUCCAAGCCAUACAAAUAUUUGGACAGACUUACUAAGCGUUUCCAACUGUACUAUUUCCAUAGGGCAAUUUUUUUUAACAAAGAGUAAAAAUAUAGCUUUAGAGGAGGACAUUUUAACGUCUGGUAAAUCUAGCUCCCGUGCAUCACAGCCCGUAACAGAAUAGUUUCACUUUCAGAACGGAUCUUGCCAACUUUUGGCAUGAGAGAAGACCGUAUGAUGAGACAAUAGUUUGAGGGAAUUGGACUUGUAAAUGAUUGACUUGUGUCAGAAUAGGACAUGCACAUUUUGAAUCCAUUAUUAUUUAGUUUUUCUUGAGCCAGGGAUGUUAUUGAAAUCCCCCUUGUUGUGCUAUCAGUUGAACGUUUAUUACAUCUUUUGCGACAGCAUAGCCUAGUGGUUAGAGCGUUUGGACUAGUAACCGGAAGGUUGCAAGUUCAAACCCCGAGCUGACAAGGUACAAAUCUGUCGUUCUGUCCCUGAACAUGCAGUUAACCCACUGUUCCUAGGCCGUCAUUGAAAAUAAGAUAUUGUUCUUAACUGACUUGCCUAGUUAAAUAAAGGUCAACAUUUUUUAAAUUUAAAUGUGAUUGUGUCACAAAUGCCUCAACUCAGUGCCUGGCACUCCCCUUGUAUGUGAAACAAUGUGACAAUUUACCUCCGGUUUCUAUAGCAUAUUUGAUCAGUCUCAUCUAGCUAGCACACUUCAGUCCACAGCAGUUGUAGUUGUUUCUCUCAGCUCACCUAUUUUAUUUUGCAUAUAUUCUUCUCUUAUUGUAAGACUACAUAUCUUACAAAGUUUAUUAUCCUUCUUUUCCUGAAAGUGUGCAACUUCAAUAGAAUGCUUUCAAUUCACGUUUUAAGCUAAGACUUGUGGUUUUAACAUUUCAGAUGUUUUCUGAUCAAGACAUUGAAUUCCAAUAUAAAUAGUGAUUAAGGGAGGUGUGAUGUGUGUCUGAGUACAAAUAUGAUAUUCUGUAUGUACGUUUGGAUAUUGUACUGAUGUUUUUCCAAUUAGUGGUAAUAGAUCAGAACUGGGCUGCCUGUGUAAAAGCAGCCAUUGAACUACAGUAUGUGGAAACAUAUGUAUCAGUUCAUAAACCAUGGAAUGGGUACAUCAAAUCUUUUCCCAACUAUUUUGCAGUCUAUAUGGCACAGAUGUCAAGUUUUUUUUCUACUUAAAUUAAACUGGUAUACUUUUUUAUUCAUCCAAAUUUUCUUUAACCAAUUUUGAUCUUUAAUGCAGGGCCAUCUUUCACUUGUCUCUUCAAUUUUUGCAAUAAUGCUGCAAUUAGUUGGUUGUAAUCUUGAGUAGAGCAGAUAUUUCCAUAUAUUUUUGUUAGCUGCCUGUGUGACAACUCCUCCGGUCCUAUUUAUGAUAUAAUUUAUAAAGAUUAUACCAUUAUUUUUUUUUAAUCAAUUAUUAUAUUUGAGUUUAACCAUAAUAUUUGUUCUGUCUUUUCUGGUGGAUUAAACUGAAAUUGCAA